AGAAUUUGUGGUGGAUUAUUUCUUUUUAUUCGUCAGAUUCUAUUCUUUUUGCCUUCAUGAGAAGAAACAAAACUUGUUCGCUUCGUCUGAUUCGCUGUUCCUUUUCAUCAAAAUCGAAUUUUGAUCCCUGUCGAGAUUUGGGCUCGGAGACUCCUUGAUUAGCGUCGGAGAUCGAGGCCUUCUCGUGGACUUUCCCCCCCUUAUUAAACAAUUGUUUCCUAUUCAAAUGCAAUCCGACUGCCUUUGGAUCGAGGAUCGUUUCCUCUGGUUCGACUUGAGACCUGACUUGCAAUCCAAGGCAAUCCCAAUUGCUGUUCUCGUGGAGAUUUUGAGUGCUUAGUUUGAUCUCUCCUCGUCUCUUUUCCCGGAGAGGAAACUGAGGGGCUUUCUUGCCGACCUGCAAGUGCAUUGGAAUCCUUUGUUAUGCUUUUCCUGAGAUGGGUUUCUGUUUGAAGGUUUUGAAGUGAGGAAUAAUGGCUGAGAGUUGCGUGUUUCAGGAAGAAGAGGAGGAUCUGUUCUUCGACUCGCGUGAAGACGUCUCGUCGGUGUUCGACUCGUGUCCUGGCAGCCCCGCAAAGAAUGAUUCGCUCCCGGAAGAACAAUUCACCGGUCCCCAGUUCGAGUUUUGGCUCAAGAGUCCUCACGGCGUGAGGGAACGCCGAGACAAGUUCAUGCGAUGGAUGGGCAAGGAUCUCAUGAACUGCUCCCUUCCCAGCUCCUCUGGUUUGGAUGGACAGGUUCAGAUCGACGACGACAUCCUGCCAGGGACCAACAGGAGCACGUCAAACUGUUGUGAUGCGGGGAACAAGUGUCCGAUGUGCAGCUGGUCUAGCCAGGAUGCGAGCACAUCUUGCAACGAGGCCUUGGAAGAGAAAAUGGUGUACAGAAUCAAGAAUUUGGAUGAUGGUGCUGUUAUCACGGUGGAUGAGUUGGGAAAAGAUGGUAGCUUGAGAAGCCUUCGCAAAGCCGGUUCGAAUCAGAUGGCAGCGCUCAAUGAGCCUGAGAAAAGUUUGGGUCUGUCGUCUUCGAUCCCACGGCACAUGCAGCAAGAAGAUAACACAUCAAAGAAAUCUGGCAAUUCAGUGAGGAGGAAGUGGAAACGGUGGCUACAGAGACUAAGUGCUGUGGCUUGCAUUUUAGAUAGACAUUCCUUUAAAAAUGGAAUUGCCAAGUCUGGGAGAGUGGAAGUCAGGCAACACAGAAAGCAGUCAAAAGAACUGUCUGCAGUCUACAAGGGGCAAGACAUCAAAGCACAUGAUGGUGCAAUCUUGGCCAUGAAGUUUAGCCCUGAUGGCCGGUAUUUAGCUACUGGUGGCGCUGAUGGCAUUGUACGCGUGUGGCAUGCCAUGGAAUGUGAGAGGAAAGAUGAAUUUAGCAUUCCUGAUGAUGAUCCUUCGUGUUUAUACUUCACAGUGAAUCAUAACGCCGAAUUAACUCCUGUUCGAGCUGAUAAGGAGAAAAAGCCCAAGUCUAAGCGUACAAGGAGAACUGCAGAUUCAGCUUGUGUUGUAAUUCCUCCUCAUGUUUUCCGGUUAUCCGAAAAACCAGUGCACGAAUUCCGUGGGCAUGAUGCAGAUGUAUUGGACCUUUCAUGGUCAAUGAAUCAGCUUCUAUUGUCAUCUUCCAAGGACAAAACUGUUCGCCUGUGGCAAGUUGGAUCUGAUCGCUGCCUCAAAGUUUUCUCCCAUACCAACUAUGUGACAUGUGUUCAAUUUAAUCCCAUGAAUGAGAAUUACUUUGUAAGCGGAUCUAUAGAUGGAAAAAUUCGUAUAUGGGAUGUUUCUGGAUGUCAAGUUGUGGAUUGGGUUUAUAUUAGAGAAAUAGUCACCGCAAUUGGUUACCAUCCCAAAGGAAAGAGACUGGCCAUUGGCACCUUGAAAGGCAAUUGUCGCUUUUAUGAUGCAUCGGAUACUCAUCUGCAAAGAGAAGCUCAGGUCUUUUUGCAAGGCAAAAAGAAGUCUGGUAACAAGCAGAUAACUGGAUUUCAGUUUUGCCCAGUGGACCCUAAAAAAUUGAUGGUCACCUCUGCUGACUCACAAAUUCAAAUUUUUGAUGGGACUAAUGUGGUCUCCAGAUACAAGGGUUUUUGUGGUGCUGGAAGUCAGAUGUAUGCAUCUUUCACCGCAGACGGGCAGCAUAUCGUCUCUGCCAGUGAUGAUUCAAAUGUCUAUUUCUGGAACCGUGCUAGCCAUAACACCUCCACGUCCAACCAUGUUAAGAGCACACGGUCUUGCGAGCAUUUCUUCUCCAGAAACACAACUAUCGCGAUACCUUGGCAUGGUUUGGAAUCCGGUGAUCGGAUCUCUGUGACCUCUGAGGUUAUCCAUUCCGAAAAAGGUAACAGUGACGAAGCUGGAGUCCCAGAGAUCGAUUUGAAAUGCCACUCAGGAGAUUCUUACGGCAUCAACGCACUGUAUCUUUCGCCUUCUGGUAGUUUCACUCUGAGUCAUGAAUUCUUCUCAGAGUUUUCGCCAAAGGGAUCGGUGACAUGGCCCGAGGAGAAACUUCCCUCGAGCUCUGCCGCAUCUACCUUGUCCAAAGCCCACCACAAGUUCUUGAAGACAUCUUUCCAGAACACCUCCCAUGCCUGGGGUCAAGUGAUACUGACUGCUGGAUGGGAUGGAUCGAUCAGAUCCUACCAGAAUUAUGGUUUGCCAGUGUGCAUCGAUGACCAGUUUGGCCUUUAUACGGCUGGCAUCAGUCUCUUCCAGUGGGCAUUGCCAACGAAUGAUCACCGCACCGAAGUUGAGUGACCAGCAAAGAUGAUGCAGCCGAUCCAGUUGGAGACAGACCUACACAUAUAGAGUUCCAUGUUCGGUGCUCCUUCCUUAUCGAGCAUGGACCCGUGCUGUUAACAUGCGCUGGUGGUCCUUGAAUGGCUUAGCAGCACCAUCAUCGAGCCAUGGAAGAAGGCCCAGAUAGGUCGAAGAUCUUCUGGGUUUGUGCAGUGCAGGUGAGAUUUUGAAGUCUCAAGUGUUUCUUUCAGAUCCUAUGGGUUUCGGAGACAUACUGCAAGCAGGUUGUGCCGAAAACCAGAGUAGGAGUCAUUGUUGCAUAUAGAAAUUUGAUGUAGUUAUUACUCAAUUCUUUCAUUUAUUCAAUGUUAGGUGUUCAUAGUUUUUGCCCUUCAAAGAGAUUGAUUUGUUCAUGUGGGGAAGUCAUGUUUGCACUUUAUGGUUAGAUAUAUUCCUUUACAAAUAAGAAUCCGCGGACUUGUCAA